AUGUCUGGUAAGCGACAAAGACUCGCCAAUUCCCCCAAGCCCUCCCAGUCUUUUGCGGACCCAAAUCGCCCCAAUUCCUCCUACACCAAGAGUUCUGAAGCAUCAACUAACAGCAACGAUCCAGGCGAAGCAGAACCCCGCCGAUCGGUACGCGCCACAAAAGGCCAACACACCAAGUCAUUCGACGAGCUUGAGCCUGCGACUGUGCCGAAGAAGCGACAAACUAAGAAAACUAAGAAGGCCAAAGAACAAGAGCAGGAACAGGAACAGGAACAUGAGCAGGAGCAGGAACAACAGCAGGAACAAGAAGAGGAGGAGGAGGAUGAGCUGAUCCGCUGUGUCUGCGGCGCCACAGAACAAGAUGAAGAUUCCGGCGAAGCUUGGAUCGCCUGCGAAACCUGCGGCGCAUGGCAACAUAAUGUAUGCGUGGGAGUAAGCUCAUUCGACGACGAGAUUCCUGACCAUUACUGGUGCGAACAAUGCAGACCGGAUGAUCACAAGGAGCUUCUCGAUGGUAUAGCUAAAGGAGAAAAGCCCUGGGAAGCCCGGCGCAAAGCACACGAGGAGGAGUCCAAGAAGAAGAAACGUGGUGGACGCAAAGGGAAGGGCAAGCGGCACAGUGAGACUAAGGAAGAAGAUAAGUCCAAGGUCAAGUCGUCCCCUGCACCGGACACAUCGAAAGACAAGAAGGACGCAAAGGCUGGGAAGCGAAAGAACCGUGAGGAUUCUCAGGAUGCGGAUGGCAAGUCGGCUAAGAUACGUCGUGUGUCAGAAAACGGAACUGCACCUGUUCCCGUUUCAUAUACACCACCGGAUGACCUCGCCACUACGAUCGCGGAUCUACCUGGCUCUAGGACAGGACCUGUAAAAGCACUGAGCAAGUCCACAAGUUAUGUUCUGGCGUCAAUGCUAAAGCAUGGCGAUCUUCACCUAGAGGAAGAGAGCUCAGUUGAGUCUAUGUCAGAGACUUUCGCCCUCCAGAUUGAACGUAGUGUAUACGAUGCGUACCCCACACCCAAGGGACAGAAAGAGUACAACCAGCAAAUCAAGUCGUUGAGCUUCAAUUUGAAGAACAACCCGGAGUUGUGCCAGGGACUUGUGUACAAGACUCUGUCUCCCACAAUGCUGGCAACCAUGACUUCAGAGCAGCUUGCCUCGUCAGAGAUGCAGAAGCAGACCGCAGAAAUGAAGGCCAGGGCUGAGAAACAAUCAAUACUCUAUACUUCCGAAACGGGACCUCGCGUCAGAAGAACCCAUAAGGGCGAAGAGGUUGUCGAUGAUGAAACGUUUGUCAACGAUUCUGCCGUACCGCUCCCUCCAGGGCCUCGUCGCCCAGACCCUCAGCAUGUUAAAAAGGAGCCCACGGCUAACGACCAGCCUGAUUUGGCCUCACACCCACAGCGAAGCGAUGACAAGCAACGGUCACCAAGUCAAGCCGAUUUUGAUAUCGCAAAGGUUUUCUCAAGCGUCAAAUCUCCAACCGCAUCUCAAAACCGCAGGCCUUCGGCUUUGGUGACUGGAGCUAACGGUCCCGGUGUAGAUCCUGAUGUGGAUCGCAUGCUUCAAGACGAAAACGAGUCGCCCCCUUACUCACCCACCGAGGAGACCCAAGACCCUGACGUUGUGUGGCGUGGCUCGCUUGCCAUGAGUUCGAUUGCUGAUUUCCAAGCAACAGCCAAGUACAUUGGUGGUGCAAACUUUGCCUCAGUUGGACCGUGGUCGGAUUUGAUCCCCCAGAGGUUGGCUGUGGCUGGCCGUAUUACGGAGCAGGCUGCUAUCGAAUAUCUCUGUGGCCUUCGUUACAGUAAAUCAACCGACAUCAUCGUUGUGUCCCUCACCCCCGUAUCCCCAGUUGCGCAUGCUGAAUUCCUUGCUCUUCUGAAAUAUUUUACUGAUAAGAAGCGUUACGGCGUCAUCGGAGACAAAUCUAAAGCCAACGUUCGGGACACUUAUUUAGUGCCAGUCCCGCCAGGGGAGGACAAUUAUCCUGAGUUUAUGCUCAACUUGGUUGACAACAAAAUUCCACGGGUGCGCGACGAGCCUAUGUUGCUAGCUGUCUUUGUUUAUCAUACUGAGCCUGAGCAACUUAAACACCUCAAGGAUGGACUUGCCAUUCAGCAGGAUGCCACUGGCGUAGGGUCACCGACCCCCGCCGCUCCUGCACAGAGGAGUAACUCGACAGCGUCGGCUGGUCCUGCGUUCUCGCCGGCAACCCCUCAAGCACCUCAAGGAGGGUUUCCACAGCAAUCGUCCCCAGCCCAGUGGCAGUCUACCACUCAGACGCCUGUACCCAUCCCGCAACCGCCAAAUUACGCUAAACCUCAACCACCACCACCGCCACCACCAGUAGUGGCACCCCCGAAAGUGACGGACGCACAGAAGCAUCAGGCCCAACAAGCAGGCAUGCUUGCGGCCCAGGAAAUGCUUGGACCUUUGAUCAACGUACCAACUGUACAGUUUAUUCUGCCCCAAGCUUACCAGAUGGCCCGCAAAGAGUGGGAAGUUGUUAGAAGAGUUCUAGAGCGCGACCCCAAAGCGCGUGACGAUCUUCAGCAUCUUGGUAUUUUGCUAGAGAGGGAGACAGGCGAGAAGAACGGAGGAGCCGUUGCACCAUGA